AUGGAGAAGGACAUGCGGCGAACGUAUCCAUUAGAGACGGUACAGCGGCCUUCAAGCGGACUGGAGCCUUCGUCAGCCUCGCCGCCAGUCGAGGCGAAGCGAGGCCCGUUGUUUCAACAGAGAGAAACAGCCAGAAAAGAAAGGAGAGUGGACGGCAAUGGAAAGACCCAACCCUGGAAGCGCAUGCAGCAGUGGGAAGAAGAGUGGAAGAGACAAAAAAGCUGGAGAGAAAAGAAGCUCUUGCUCACGGAGAAAAAAGAGAGAAGUGAAGCGGCGAGGCCAGGCGAACGCGCUGAAAGGCUGUGGAGUGCGGCAAGUCUAAAACAAGGAGAAAGAGACAGACAGAGCACACAAAGUGGAGGAGGCGAUGCAACGGCUGUCGAGAGCCACACCCGCGCUCCGUGGGGUGUACGUACACCUCGUCCGGGACUCCUGGAGAACGGACCCCGCGAGAUCCAGGCGCCAGCGGAAAAGAACGAUAAGGACGAAGAACAGACCGACCCGGAAGAAGGGAGAGCUGCGAGGAUCGACAGAGGCGAAAGCGAGACGAAUACGCGGGCGUUAACAGAAAAGCACAAAGAAUCUACGAGAGACGACCGAAAGGAGAGCCAACUUGUGGACGAAGAGCACCAGGUCAUAAACGGGGACGCUGGAGAUGUCGAGACAGAAGAGGCAGAAGAUAAAGAAAACAGUCAGGCAUUUCUGAAUGGUCGGCGCCGAGGCCAGAACGAUACCGAGGACGUGAUAACCUUGUCGCUUUCGUCUGCUGGUUUAGUCGAAGACAAUUCUCAGAAGAAGGAGGAGAGGUGGACGCAUUCGCUGUCGAAGAACACACAUGCCAGUGCCUUUUCGUCGAGUUAUAUUAAGAUGGCCCUUGAGUCUGAGUCAGCGGUGCGCCACCCGCCCGCGAUCGCGGCUUCUCUCCUUGCUCCUUUUCAGUGGACGGAAGUAUUCAGAUCUCACUUGAAACGCGAAGAUCCGCCACCGGACUCGCCAGAUCGACACGGCGAGAUGCCCUUGUCCUCGAACAGAGAAGACACAGAGGUGGCUUCUUCUCAGUGCUCUCAAGGCUCUGGAAGAAGCCUCUGGCCUGCUGCCGGGGCCGCGCGCAUGCGGCUGCCCUCGCUGGUCUUCUCGGAGGCGGGACCUUCGUGGGGAGUACAUACACCGGAGAAGUCGGGCAGGCCGCGGGAGGCGUCACGAACGAGACAUGGUUCUGAAAUCCUGCGGACGGUGCAGAAGAGAGAGAAGAAGGCUGAAGAAGGCAGGCAGCAUUCUUCGCCUUCUAGGAAAGCGAGGCGGGUCAAGAGCAGGGGGAGCAGAGCGCGGAAACGGGAACGACGGUGCUCUGUGUGUUCAACUGGGGUGGCUCGGCAGGACGAAGCCGCCGACCGAUUUAUAGCAGGCUUCGCGAAGAAAGAUUUGAAGAAGGCAGCCGAAAAAGCGCAGCGGCUGGAGCGGCGCCUCGAGGGGCUCCUGCAGUUUGCACAGUGUCUCAUAGAGAAGGCUCCUCAGUUUCUCUGGCCUGGCGUCUUCGAGGAAACUCGAAUCCUCUCGAAUUGCAGCCAGAAGGAAGGGAACCGCGGAGAAGACGCACGCGCAGCAGCUGCUUCUUCUGCUGCUUUUGCGGAUUCGCCUGCGGGAGCUCGGCCACUUGCCUCGAGGAGCGCAAGGGAGGAGAGGACGGCGGGUCGAGACGGCGGCGCCUCAGGAGUGGGAAGCAGGGGAGCGACGAACGGGGAAGAAGAGAAAGGAGAAGGUGCUCAUGGGGUUGCUGAAGGUGAAGAUGACGCCGAAAACAACGGAAGUCUCGAGAGAAAAGGAAAAGACGAAACAAGGCUUCGAAGGAAUGGAAGAAACUCCCGAGACACUCGUGCAGGAGGCCGAGACCUCCUGGGUAGCGGGGUGUACGUACACCCGGGUGGGACUGUGGCAGCGGCAGACCGAGACACAGUGUUUGAAUCACCUCAACAUCGAGCGCUUUCUGCUUCCGCACAGGAGAGGAGAGAGACAUCGAUGCAACACAAAUGCAUGUUUGGAGAAAACGAAGAAGUAUCUGAACCCCAAGAGAUGCCUCAAGGUGUCACACGCCUCACCUGUGGGCUCUCCAGAACCUCAAGGACUCCUCGAAUCGAGGGAGACCCAGUGUCCACAUCCUUGCGGCCGCAAGCCAAAACUCCACAUUCCUCAUCUUUGACGUCUUCGCCUUGUUUGCGCAUACGUCAAGAGACCGAGGACGCGCCAGCCUCGCUGCAUGCGUGGCCAGGUUCCACGCCUGUCCCUCCCAUGGCUGAAAUGGGACGCAAAAGUCUCUUGGCUUUUCAUGGAGAUCCGCCUAUGAGCAGUGCAUGCAGAAACGUCACGGACCAACGGGAAGAGGGGCAAACGGAAACAGAAGCAGACUCGAAUUCACCUUCCUCCUUCCUUUCCUCGUCGUCGUCUCUCCUAUGGGAGGCUGUCGAGCAAUGCGUCGUCUCGCUUGAGGGGAGAGAGCCAGGGCAGUACGAAGGCCUCCUCACAGAGGGGGAGGCAUAUGUGAGAAAAGCGGCUUUCUCUGGAGACAGAGCAGACCAACUGACCCAGUUGCAUGCCUACUCGAGAGGCGAACCACGUGGAGGACAGCCGAGCUACGUCUGUGCAGAAGCAAAAACUUUCUGCGACCGCUCUCCGUCGGGGAGACUGGAGCCCCCACCACUGAGCACAUCGUUGUUCGAAGGGAACAUCGAAGGUCGGGAAAGCAACAAAGAUGCUCGCAGCAGGCCCUGGCGGAGUGAUGGAAAGAGUAAAAACGAACGCCCAAACAAAGGAAAGAGAGAAGAGGCGCUGACGUCGACGUCUGGAAUUCCCGAAGACACGCCAGCACAAGAAAAUCGGAGGAGAUGCACGCGGCAGGCGGCGAGCAUCUCGGGUGUACGUACACCGGAAUUUGGAGGGGCAGAUGGAGCAGAUGCCGCCGUUGGAAAUUCAGGACUUCCCGAGACUCAGCGUCGCGAGAGGUUCGCGGAAAAGGAGUUUGGAAAAGACGAGAAGGCAGGCGCUGCGGAAGCGGGGCAGCCUUCCAUCACUACUCCGCGACUUGGAUUGCCGGGGACGUCUGCAAACGUCUCCGAGAAUAAGACUCAAAGUCGAAGUCUGAUACGUCGCGACGUGGUGUCGGCUCUAGAGUGUGAAUCCCCGAAUUGCAUGUUUAUCCACGAAGUGCCUGCGACAGAAAUCCGAGAGAUCUUCGCGUUCCGACAGAAGCUCACAGCGGCGCUGCUGUCUAGGGAACCUCUGCUGAGGAGACAGCUGAGGGCUACGAGGAAGGACCGGGAUAAAGCCGAGGAGACAGAGAGACGAGGUCGGGAAACGGCCAGAAAAGGGAGCCAUGCCUCUGCGUUUAGCUGCGACAGUCGCGGGGAAGGAUACGACGCAAACAGCGAUGAGGAAUCGAGAGAAAACGAUCUUUUCAGAAUGCAUGGAAGCUGGAGCAUCCGCGAGCAACUUGCAGAAGAGUUGCUACAAGAACUUUUAAAGGAAGGAGCAGUAGACGAAAUUGAUGACCUCGUUUCGCAAAUGGUGAAGAUUCUCUUGAAUGAGGAAGAGAGUCGUGCUCUCGCGCUCCGGUGUUGUUGA